UUCCCAUAGUUUGUAUUGUUUACAUGUUUACACUCACAAAAUUAUAAAAUUCCUGAAAACCUAUAAAUUUUUGUCUCCUAAAAUUGAAAAUGAACGAAACUAAUUCCUCCGUUGAAUCAAUGGAUGCAAGUGGUUCUUUAGAUCAUUCUCCGCCCUCUAGUCCAAUCAGAACAGAAAAUAUACCAAGUGCUUCAAGCGAGGCUUCAAGUAGUAAUAAUCCGGUCUUUUUUCCAAUGAAAACGCAAGGUACGAGUGCAAGAUGCCCCUUUCAAAAACCCACAGAAGAACAACUACUCACUCAAUUUCAUAUAAUGGACGAAACAGUCGAUUCGGAUUGUUCUGAAGAUGGAUCUUUCAGCGACUCGAAUUUUUCUGAUGAAGAAAUUGAAAAGAUGCUGGAAGAAGCUUUGGAAAGCAAAAAACGGAAAGCUGACGUUUCGGUUGAUGUGCCUUUCGAGGAACGAACCAAAGUAAUAUUAGUAGAAAAAGGUAAAAACCAUUUCGAUGUUUUGCCAUUAGAUUGGAUUCAAGUGACCCAUAACAGUGGAAUGCCUAUUUACUUACACAAGACUACUCGUGUGUGUACCUUAUCAAGGCCCUAUUUUUUGGGUCCUGGCUCUGCUAGGAAGCACGACAUUCCUAUAAACGCUGUACCUUGUCUAAAUUAUAUAAAAUCCAUUGAAUUGGAAGAAAAACUAAAAAAUCAAAAUAUCGAAGAAGUUGAACAAAAGAAUGAACUAACUAAAAACAUGCCAGAUGCAAAAAUAGAAACUGUUCAAGAGAAUAUUGAAAUGCAAAAUAUAUCACCUGAACAAUUGAGAGAAUAUUGCAAAAAAUUGUUUAAAUUUCAAUCAGUGAAUGUCUUGAGAUUCAAAACUUGGUCGGAAAGGCGAAAAUUUACCAAAAAAAGGCGUCAAGAAACUCAAUUGCAACGCCCUACACUACCAGACGGCACCAAAUUAAUUACUUUUCCAAUUAAAACAUUGGAAAACACUGAAAAACCCAACCAGUAUUCAAAAAGAGAAUGGAUUAUGAACCCAAAUGGCAAAUCUUAUGUCUGCAUUUUACAUGAAUACGUACAACAUGCUUUAAAAAAACAACCCAGCUACGUUUUCACUGAACUGGAAAAUGCUGCAACUCCUUACUCCGCCACUGUAAAAAUUAAUGCAAUGAAAUACGGCGUAGGUUAUGGCACAAGUAAAAAGCAAGCAAAAUCAGAAGCUGCAAAAUUAACUUUGGAGAUUCUAAUACCAGAAAUGAAGUCCAAAAUAAUUGCAGAUACUCAAUCUGGCUGUACAAAGAAGGAUAAAGACCAAGACUUGUCGUUUUUUGACGAAAUAUCAGUGGAAGACCCUAGAGUGGCUGAAUUUUGUGCCAAAACAACAGAACCUGCUCCCUAUGACGUUUUACUAACAUGCCUCACGCGCAACUUUGGCUUGGACGAUUUAAAAAUCCACUAUCAAGGCAACACCUCUAAGAAUCAAGGCAACGAGUUCAUAAUGACGGUAGGCAAACACACCGCUCAGGUUGCUUGCAAAAAUAAACGAGAAGGCAAACAAAGGGCCUCCCAAGCAAUUCUACAAAAACUGCAUCCCAGCAUCAGGACAUGGGGUUCCUUGCUGAGACUUUACGGCAACAGAUCAGUGAAAAGUUUCAAGGAGAAAAAAUUGGAGGAACAGGAAAUUACUUCGUUGCAAAGUAAAGCUGCCGUUAAUCAACCCAAUCAUGCUAUUUUGAAUAAGUUGAGGUUGGAACUGGGAAAAUUGAACGAAAAACGGAAAUCGGUGCAGCCUAUUGGUGUUUUUAAAGCCACUAUCGAUAACACCUAGUUGUUCAUUUAAAUUUAAAAUAUUAAUCAUAGGUAGAUAGAUAUAUAUUUCUAGUUCCUUUAGUUAUUUACAAUAAAUACUUAAUAGUUAUGUGGGAUAGAACUUGUCCAUAUAUCUAAUAUUAUAUAAAAACAGGAGGACAGGGUUUAAAAUCUAAAAUGUACAAUAAUAAAUAAAAAAAUAAAAUAAAAUAUCACAAAAUAAUUCGUUUUUUUUUGUUUCUUUUUUCUUCAAAAUUUAUCCUCAUUCUUUAAGGGAAUAAUAAUAGGCUCUAGAUUCACGAAAACCCCUUACAUUUUAUUGUACUUCUUUUGGUGUAGGUAAUGAAUGAUUUUUAAUGAAUUUGCUAGAGUAUUCCAAGAAUGUUGUGUGUUACGUUUUUUUUGUAUGUAUGUUGCUUUUUCUGUUUUAAGGUUGUUCUUGAAUCUUGAUUUUCAAUGGCAAAUUUUAUACAGUCAAGAAUGUACAGGUUGAAUCUGACAGGAUUGUUUGAUCCCAGCUCCUCCCCACCAAACUGUAUAUCAAACUAUUUUUUUUUUUUUUUGGUCUAAAGUUUAUUAGCUGCAUUUUUUCAAUGAUCAUUUGAAGAUUAUCUGAUGUAAACCUCAGUUUUCCAGUUGUUGCAAUGUUAAACUACCUCUUUUUUUUGCUUCUUCUUGGCUAUUUUCGCUAAUUAAGAAUAUAAGAUAUUCUUAUCGUCUGGUGCAAAAGUAUUAACCUCGUUCCUUAUGAUAGGUCUGUUCUCACAGAAAUCACAAACCAGUCGGAGCAAAUUUCAUUGGUUGAAAAUAGUCAGAAAACGGUUGGUUUGCGAUUUGCACCACUCAAAAAGAUUCUGACUGGUUUGUGAUUUCUGUAAGAACAGACCUGAUAUUUUCUAUCUAGUUUGUGUCCAAAUCCGUUUUGUCUACCUGAUUUUGUUUGUAAGUAAUUAAUUGGUUAUGUAUGACCUUUUCUUACCUUUAUUGGAUAAGAGGAAAAUUGGUCUAUAAUUUUUUAGGUCGUUUUGUUCUCCUUUUUUGAAAAUUGGUUUGACUAUAUAGCUAUUUUCAAUACUAAUGGAAAAACUCCUGCAGUUAAGCACAGAUUUACUAUGUGGGAGAGGGGCACCGCCAAACGAGCCGCUGACUCUUUAAACAAGCAUAUUGGUAUCUCAUCGUAUCCACAUGAUUUUUUAUUUUUAGGUUUCUUGAUAAUUUCCAU